AUGCCGGUGCCACGCUGGGAGUCCCUGGUUCCAAGUCUGGUGCAACUACAAGCACCCAAGGUGCUUCUGAUGACAUGGACCCAGAACGUCGACCUGCGGAUGCAGGUGGAGAUGUUCGAGCUGUUCUGUGGUGAUGCGAGGGUGAGCCAGGUCUUCAGGAUGGUGCUCCUGCUGCUCCUCAUCGUGUCCGUCCACGCAAUGAUGAUAUACCGAAUGGUGCAAAUCCCAACUCCUGUGCUGCAAGGCCACUUCGUGGACAAGAAUGGUGUAAGGCGCUUCACUGGCUUCAAGAAGGAGCUUCGAGACAGUGGGUCUUACAGCAAGGCCUUUGGCAAGAAGAUCUUGGAGCUGUGGCGACAGGAGUGCACAGCUGAGCAGCCUCGGCUUUGCAUGCGACAAAAGGUUCACAUCGAUUCGCGAAUGACGGACAAGGAACUGUUCCAGUCCCUCCCUCUUGGAGAUACGUGGCCCGAUGCGGAAAUGGUUCAGGUGUGGGCCUACUUGUAUAAGAACAAGAAGCUGAUUGUGCCAAGUUCAUGGCAAAGUACGAUGGAUAGCUUCAAUUCGGAGCUGCUGGAAUCAGUGCUGCACGACCACCCGCUGCGACAAGAUCUGCUGAAUGCACAUGCAGGGGCCUGA